AUGGAGUACAUACAAAUGUCUGCAAGUACUCUAUACAGGAUGAGGUCAAAGGCUUUGAGGGAUAUUAAUGGGGGUCAUGACAUCUCACAUGCCCAGCUUCCGGACUACUGUGAAAUGGUGAGAUCAACAAACCCAGGUUCUUCUGCACUCUGUUCUUGGACACCUGAAGAUCAUAUUGAUAGGCCUCUGCAAUUCCUAAGUAUCUUGAUAUCAUUCAAAGGCUGUAUAGAUGGGUUGCUAGCUGGCUGUAGGAACUUCAUAGGUUUGGAUGGGGAUCACUUAAAGGGGAAUUAUGGUGGUGUCCUGUUAUCUGCAGUAGCAUUGGAUGUAAACAAUGAGAUAUUCCCCUUUGCUUGGGCAAUUGUAUCAGUUGAGGACACAAAUAAUUGGAAGUUCUUUGGUAUUGAUGCUGCAUUAAAUGAGUUGUGGCCAAAGGCUGGAAGACGAUAUUGCUGCAAGCACCUGGUAAAAAAUUGGAAAAAACCAUUGCCUGGUCCUUUGAUGUUUAGCCUGUUCUGGAGGGCUUGUGGGGCCUAUUCUGAGUUCACAUUCAAGAAAGCCAUGAAACAACUACAGAAGGUCAAUCCAGCUGCUUUGAUAUGGUUGUCUAAAGUUGGGGACCAAUCAACAUGGACCGAGCACAAAUUCAAUGAGGCUAUCAAAUGUGAUGUAAACAAAAGCAACUUUGUGGAAAGCUUUAAUGCCACAUUGGGUAUGGACAGAGCAAGAUCUGUUCUGACUUUGUUAGAAGGAAUUAGGAGAACAACAAUGGUCAGGAUGUGCACUAAGAAGCAAGCUUCUGCAGACUGGAUAGAUGAUGAUAUAUGUCCAAGAAUCAAGGCCAGAUUUAAAGUGAUAACUCAAGAGUCCAGGUGUUGCAAGGCAUACCCUAGUGCUUAUGGAUAUGAGGUCACUGAUGGAAAAUCAGUGCUCCAUGUCAGUUUUGCAGAAAAAAGGUGCCUAUGUAGGGUACGGCAGAUUUCUGGAAUUCCUUGCAAGCAUGGCAUGAGAGCCAUCUUGCAUGCAAGGCUUGAUCCAAAACAGUUUGUACAUGAAUGGUGCUUUAUGAGAAGGUACAAGGCUGCAUAUGCUGAUGGAAUCAACUCCAUCCCUGACAGUGAUCAAUGGCCAGACUUUGACAUGCCUAAAAUUGAACCUCUUGCCAUGAAAAGAAGAGUUGGCAGGCUUUGUAGAGAGAGAAGAAGGGAUGAAGAUGAAGAAAGGAACGGUAAGAGAAGCAAAACCAUUAAGUGUAGCAACUGUCAAUGCUAUGGGCACAACUCAGCAACAUGCAAAGGAGGCCCCACUUCAAAACAAGUUGCUGCUGCUUCUGCCUCUACAAAGGGUAAAGGGAAGCAAGCUGCUGCUGCUUCUGCCUCUACAAAGGGUAAAGGGAAGCAAGCUGCUGCUGCUUCUGCUGCUGCAAGGAUAAAGGCACUGCUGCUUCAGCUUCUACAAAGGCUAAAGGCAAAGGACCCAUGUCUUAUUCACAGCCUGCUCCAAAAAUGA